AUGGGGAACUGCUAAAACUGUUUGUAAUAAGAAUAAGAGUAAGUAGAAAUUUAAAUCAACAACCAUACUGAGGAGGAAGUGUAAGCACCUUGUGAAUAACCACCAUUAUUAAAUCUAGAUGUUAAAACUUGGUAGAAGGAUUCUUACAGUCUUUAUGAUUAUGAAAAUACUACAUUUAUACACUCUCAACAAAUCCCUAUUAAUGGCACUAGCUAUCUUACUUGCAAAGCUAAUAAAGUUUUAUAUAAUGAAGGGAGCUACUCUAAAAAUAAGUAAUUAUAUUUGUUAUAUUUAGUGAUAACAAUGAUGAAAUACUACUUCUUCCACUUGAAUAUGGAAAUGAAACCUUCCAAUUAUUAAAUUUACGCUUUAAUAAAAGGCUUUAAACUUAAGAACUUAUUGAAGACUACCAAAAAGAAGUAUUGAUUCUCGAUCGAUAUAUAAUUAGGAAGGGGAUAAACUUUUAUCUGAAAACCAAACCAUACAUGCUGAUUUUCAAAUGAGUUUCAAUAUUCAGAAAUUAAGAACUACCACAAAUAGAUAAUUAAUUUGUGAUAUGACUAAGGGUUCCAAAAUCUGGUUGGUUACUAGAUCUAUUUAAACUAACAGCAUUAAUGAAGGUUUAGUACUGAAGGUUGGAGAUGUGAUUAAAUUAGGAAGAGUUAAAUUAAUUAUUAAGGAAAUUCAAUUACAACAUGAAACUAAUUAAGAUUUAUUGAAUGAAGAAUCUCUUUGUUCACUUGAAGAUAAAAAUGAAUUUACAAAAUAAUGUCGAAUCUGUUUAUCAACUGGAGAAUCUCCAUUAAAUCCAUUAAUUGAUCCAUGUAAAUGUAUUGGUAGUACUAAAUAUGUACAUAUCAAAUGUUUACUUAGAUGGUAAGGAAUCUUAUUCUAUUUCAUAUAGGAUUUAAUAAAGUUCUCAUUUUAAUAGUAAUGCUUACUGUACUAGAUUUAUCUGGAAAUCUUUGGAAUGUGAAAUAUGUAAAUCUGUCUACCCUCCAAUUUUUGAUAGGAAUGGAAAAUCAUUUAAUUUAAUUGAAUUAAGCAAACCUAAGGAUAAACCUUUUAUUAUGAUGGAAUUUUAACAAAAGAGAUAACAUGAUAAUCCUCAAUCAAAUGAUAGUAAUGGAUUAUAUAUUGUGAAUUUUGGUACGAAGAAGGAACUCAAAAUAGGAAGAAAUCAUGAGGUUGAAAUAAGUAUUGCUGAUAUUAGUGUAAGCAGAGAACAUGCUCAUAUUAAAUUAGUUGAUAAUAAAAUAAUUUUAUCAGAUAAGAGAUCCAAAUUUGGAACAUUAGUACUCUUAUAAAAAAAUAUUAACCUUACUCCAUAAUUAUCAGGAUUAGAAUUAUAAAUUAAACGUACUUUGAUUAAAUUGAAUAAUAAUUAAUUGUCUUAAACAAAUCAAAAACAAAGAGACUUUGAAUUAUACUUAGGAAGAAAUGAAUGA